AUGGAGGAAGCUGAAAGUAGUGGCGUUGGGGACAUUGGCAAGCAAGGGGUUUCAGCAGGCCAAAGGGCAGGCCGUUCGCGACAGACGCUGGGAAGGGUUUGGGUUCGCCGUGAGCGACCUGCCUGCUCAGCGCGGCCGCUUCUAACGCCUCCUUUUCCCCGCAGGAUGAACGCGGCGGCGGCGCGCGCCCUCGCCCCCGACUACGAGCUGGGCGGCGGCGAGAGCGGCGGCGCCCCUGCGGUGCCCGCGCCCGCCGUGCCGCCCGCCCCUGCGCCCACCGUGCCUUCGCUGGCGCCCUCGCUCAACGCCGCCUUCCCUGCCUCCUCCUUCCACGCCGUCAACGUCCUCCUGCACGCCGCCGUCACCGCCGCCUUCGUGGGCGUGCUGCAGUGCGUCGGCGUGGGGCCGUGGGCGUGCCUAGGCGCCGGCUCGCUCUUCGCCGCCCACCCCGUGCACGUCGAGGCCGUCGCGGGCGUGGUGGGGCGCGCGGAGCUGCUGGCCGCCCUCGCCUUCUGCCUGGCCCUCGCCGCCUACACCAAGUACCUCCGCGGGCGUGCGACGGGGCGGGCGUGGGCGCGGCGGGCGGGCGGCGCCUGCGCCCACGGGUGCCUGCGGGCGGAAGAGAGCCUGGCGGCGCACAAAGCGCUCAGCUGUUCGUCCGGCUUCUCGUGGGGCGCCGGAGAGUCCUGGUGCCAGCUGCAGCUGCCGGCGUGGGCGUGGCUGGCCCUCAGCGUGGGCGGCGCCGGAGUGGCCAUGGCGUGCAAGGAGCAGGGCGUGACGGCGCUUGGCGUCGGCCUCCUGCUGCACGCUGCCGCCGUGGUCUCGGGGACGCCCAGGAACAAGUCUCUAGUGCACGCCCUCAUCCGCGAGCUGUGGCCGGGCUGUGUGGGCUCGGCCAUGCUGCUGUGGGCGCGUGUGAGCCUGGCGCCCCACACGCCCUCAUUCACGCCCGCGGACAACCCGGCCGCCCACGCGCCGUCGCUGCUGACGCGCACGCUGAGCAUCGCGCGAGGGUGGGCGGUGCACGGGCGCCUGCUGGUGUGGCCGGCGACGCUGUCGUUCGACUGGUCCAUGGGCGCCGUGCCGCUCGUGACCUCGCUGGGAGACGCCGCCAACUUGGAAACGGCGGCGCUGCUGGCGGUGGUGGCGGCGGGGGGCGCCUCUGCCGCCGCCGCCUGCUGGAGGGCGCGCAGCCGCGUCGCUUACUUCACCAAACUGUACACAUAUCACAGCCACCACGCCUACCACGACGUGCUCAACAACAACGUGCAGCACGGGGACGUCGACGGCGCUCUCCCCGCUCCCACUGCCCCCUGCUGCGCCGCCAGCCACUCUGCCGCCUGGUGGCACUCCAACCCGCUCCUGCUGGUGCUCGCGUGGGCGCUGCUCGUCGUGCCCUUCCUCCCCGCUUCCAACCUCGCCGCCUACGUGGGCUUCGUGGUGGCGGAGCGAGUCCUCUACCUGCCGUCGAUGGGCGCGUGCCUGCUGGUGGCGCUCGGGUGCCAGAGCCUGUGGCACCGCCUCGGCUCCUGCAAGAGCCAUCGCACAGGCACCCCAGCCACCGCACCCCAUCCCCUAACGCCCGCUUUCCGCCCGACAGAGCCACGUAGUACUAAAAGCAGACGCUGCCUCCGAGCGCGCCGCGGAAGGCUGGCACUCGCAGGCACUUGGGUCUUCCUCUUGCUCCUCCUCAGUGCCAGAACUUGGAGGAGAAACCAGGACUGGGCCAGCGACGAGACACUCUAUCGCUCCGGCGUGCACAUCAACCCGCCCAAGGCUCUGGCCAACCUGGGCGUGGUGCUGAGCGAGCAGGGCAGGCUGAGGGAGGCGGAGACAGCGUAUCGCGGGGCCCUAGACCACGCCCCCACCAUGGCUGACACCCACUUCAAUCUAGGACUGCUCCUGGCGUCGACUGGCCGGCUGGAGGAGGCCAUGGCCAGCUACAGGGCGGCGCUGCGAUGCCGUCCGUGGCUGGCCCAGGCGCACCUCGAACUGGCCCAGGCGCUCCAGCAGAUGGAACGCCACGAUGAGGCCAUCAGGGUGCUGGAGCUGUGCCGCGGGGCGGGCUCGGCGCCGGCGAGGGACGGCUGGACGCACGCCUGGGCCGUCACCACGUGUCGCCAGCGCCUCGCCCGCGCCCACAUCGUCGGCGGACGCCCUCACGCCGCCCUCGAGGAGAUCUCCGUGGCCCUCGGCAGCGCCCCUGACGGAUACGGCGUUCACGCCCUGCACACGCUGGCGGCAGAAGCUCACCUGGAGGCCGGGGAACACGCCGAGGCACAAGCCGCCCUCUCGCGCGCCCUCACCGCCCACCCGCACCACGUGCCCGCCCACCUCGCCUUCUCCAGGAUGCUGCAGGCCAAUGGAAGCAGGGUGGAAGAAGCCGAACAGUGGCUCAGGAGGGCCGUGGCUCUGGCUCCUAAUGAUCCACACGCACACAAACAUUUAGGCCAACUGUUGCUGGAAACGGACCGCGUGGAGGAGGCGGUGGGGGCGUGGCUGCGGGCGGCGCUCCUGGACCCGACGGACCACACGGCUGCCUUCAACGCCGCCACCGCCCUCAGGCUCGCCGGCAGGAACCAGCACGCCGAGACCUUCUACAGGAGGGCGGUGCAGCUCAUGCCUAAGGACGUGGCCAGCCACCGCAACCUGGGCGCCAUCCUGCACCUGAACGGCAAGCUGGACGAGGCCCGCAGGCACUACCACGAGGCCCUGAGUCUGGCCCCGGGCGACCCUCAGACGACUACCAACCUGGAGAGGCUGUCGGCGCUCGUCAGCAAGAAGGGCCUAUCGUAGGGCGCGCGCCUGCGGGAGAGACAGUCAGCAACACAUCGCCGUUCUUGAUGUUCUUGGUGUUUGUUCAGUAUUGAUAACGAGCGCAGAGAACUAACCUAAGCCUACGUCGCAUCACAUCCACAUCAACCGUUCAUGGAGAUAACUAAGAAGAGGAACGAAGGAGAGACAAGGAAAAAAAAAAAGGGGGAGAAGGAGAAUAUAGAAGAAGGAAGAGAGAAGGAGAAGGAGAAGAUGGUGUAUGGAAUUGUCACAUGCCAGUCUGUGAUGGGCUUGCAGUAUUCUUGUUUUAUAAAGAUAUGUCAACAAUGAAUUGACGAUGGAUGACAAUGACCCCGAAGAAAAGAGGAAUUGUGGUAACUGGAGAACGAAGGAGAAAUCGAGAAAGUUUAGAGGCGAACUAUAAAGAAAAGAAAAACAACACAGUGUAAAAUAGAAAAAGAAACGAACUUCAUGAAAGGGAAUAUAUAUAACCAUUUUUCUAUUUACAAGUUUUAUGAUAAUCUUGAAAUAUCCAUCGAUCUUCAAGACGCUUUAUCAUCACCUUGAUUCAUUAUUCUAGAUACACCAUUUAACGAUAGGAGAACACUAUAUCCUGCUCAACACAUCAUCGUUGACAUACGAGGCAAAGAAUUCCGUAAUCCCUUCCCCCCAAAAAGAUAAAGAAAAAAAUUCAAGUACUUCCAUAUAUAGAUUUACAUCGUACUCGUGACCACAAUCGUUUAUUUCCCUAAGGUGAUCUUAUAAACAUGCAGGACUUACCUUUUUAUAUAUAGCUCUCCAUGUCCUGCCGUUCUGUUUAUAUCCCGUUGGAAUCGGACACAGGAUCCCUCCCUCCCCCAUCCCCGAACACCCUCUUCUAUUCGGUGUUUCGAACGACAGCGAAUCGUGUUUCAUUUUCUUCCCGAACAGUGGUAAUAAAGUCCGUUAUGUAAAAAAAAAAAAAAAGGGUUCGGAUACCACUUGGCAGGGGCUUCGACUCCUCGAACGCGUUCACAUGAUGGUUCGAAACCCACAAAUACAUUAUCUCUCCCUUCUUCGCUGUGACCCCCUCUAUAAUAACCACCUAUACAUCGGUGUUAUGUGUGAUAUUUGUUGACAUUUCCUUCGCUAAUAUUUGCAACAUUAUCAUGAAUUAAUAUCGCUUUCAUCGUGAAUAAGGUACGAAAAUCUAUUAAAUAAAUACAAAAAAAAAAAAACAUAUAUAAAAAUGGCUUACCUUCCCUGAGAUGACUUUCCUGUUGGUGACUGAGAUUUUUAUGGACUCAUAAAACACGAAACUCCCGGACGAACGAUCGAAACCCAGUGAGAAUAUGAUUAAAUUAAUAUAUAAAUGGACAAGAAAAAAAAAACUAGCAUAAAAGGCUAGGACAUAUAUUGUUGAUUCACUAUUUCUGUUGUAUUUUUUUCCAGAACUCAGUGCGAAUAACGACACACUAUUGUGAAAAACAUAUACGUAUUUUAUUAUCUUCAUAUUUUCAUAUCAGCGACAAUAGUCAUUGGAUUUAUUCAUUUUUUUUUCCUCAUUCUUUUUUACAUUCCAUAGACAUCGGUCUGUGAUAUCAUUAGCAAGAGCGGAUCAUUCCAAGAUCAAUUUGGACAUUUGCUCUGUCCUGAAGUUUCCAUUUCAUCCUCCUGUGCGUGUAUACAUUCCGAAAAUUAGUGACACAAAAUGACGCGUCUAAGGAGGCAUGUUAAAGACUCAAAAGAAAAGUAAUAAAGAAGAAUUAUAUGAUUGUAAGAAAUGGUAGCAGCUCAUUUCGUCUGUCUCAGUAGUUUCUUGAAUUUUGUUUGCACCAGUGAUAAUAUUUUCCCCUCAUAGCAACGGAAGUGCAGAAUAAUUAUGGUAGAUAAGCAAGGCAUUUUUUUUUUCUUUUCUUCUUUUUGUUUACGGCUUUGAACACGUUUAUUCAUAUUUACAUUUCAUUCUUGAUUUUUCACCAGUAGAUCCUGGGUAUGGAGCAAAAGGGAAACAUUGAUCGAUAAUCAUAGCUGAAGGAUAUACAAAUCCCCCCCCCCAAAAAAAAAAAAAAAAUCCCUCAACCUUCGGGGUAAAUAUUUGGUACUUGGUGUAGUUCCUCCUUGUACCUCGAGGAAGAGACCUGAGGACUUGGGGCGUGUUAAAAAUACCCCUCGGCUGCUGGGUAUUUCAUGAAGCCUAGACAAGUAACCACGGACACCUCGAGGUACCUUCCCCACCCUCGUUCUUGUAGUACAGCUGUAGUAUCCCAAGGACGUGAACUUGAAGGCCACGUGUCAAGGCACUGGCUCUGGUAGUUAGGUUAACCAAUCAUGGGAACUGCUGAGAUGUGGACCUGAAAAUACUACUAUUAAUAACAGUAACAAUAGCUUUAGCAGUUCCAAUAUCCAGAGUCAUCCCGCCUGUUUAUAAUCCAGGAUCCCAUGAUGGAAGAAUUCGAUGUUUUACUUGUUUAUUCCUUAGAUAUAGCUCUCUCCCCCACAAGGUUUAGGGUUAACAAACGAUUGGGAUAGGUCGAGGGCUGGCGUUUAGAAAACUCAGCCUGAACAUCAUGCUGUAUUAUCGAAAUCCAUGUUUACCCUGAACGAGACAGACGAGACUUGCGUGACCCAGGAAAAAGGUGUUUAAGAAUGGAGACUUUUUUUUUUUUUUUUUUUUUUUUUUUUUUUUUUUUUAACAUCAAGGAAACUAGAAAAAAUAUGUAAUUUUCUUCCAGAACAGUAACAAUAAUCCGGUCUUAUCUCCCCCCCCCUUCCCCCUGUACAUGGACUAUUAAGACCAGAGAUGUUGAUAGUCUUCUGUUCUCAACUACAAAGCGACGUCCUGUAGUCAGAUGAGGGUCGACGUAUCGCCUGAGUUAUCAACGAAAUGGUCUCCGGAUGUCUUUGUGUUCAGUAACUUAAUGUCAUAAAAAUAACAAAAAAAAAAAGAUAUGUGUAUAAACCUUAACGCUACAGAAAGGUUGCUAAAACAAAAAUGAAAAAAAAAAACAUAAAAAAAAUGUAAUCAAGUAGAAUUAUGUAAAUAGCCUGGAAUAAAAAUAUCGAUUUUUUAAGAACCCUUUUCUGAAGUUUCUUCCUGAGCACCCUUAAGUCUCUUUAUGCUCCCCCAUCCCCACUACUCCUCAUUAUCCCACCCCCUCCCACCCCCCUCAUUCCGAUGGCGCUCAACCGAUAAAGAGUUGCCUCCCCCACCUUCAAUCUAUCCCCCCACCCCACCCCACCCCUUUUUCACCACAUUCAAAUGGCGCUCAACCCGUACCAAGUGCCCAACCCCUUUAUAUAUACCCCUCAGACGCGGUACAACCCCUCCCUCUCCCUCUCCCCCUCAGCCAUUCAGAUAGCGCUCAACCGGUGAAAAAUUCCCUUGUCCCUCUCUUCCCCGUUCCGUUUCUAAUCCCCCCGCCCACCCACUAUCCCCUACCCACCCCUGCCGUAUUCAGCUGAAGCUCAACCCUGAAGAGCGACCCUCCCUCCCUCCUUUCUACCCCCCCCUCCCACUCCCCUCAAAUCAGAUGGCGUCUAGGUAUAAGAAGUGCGUUUCCAACCCCCUUCCACCCCCUUGCGCCCCUCUCUCCAUGCGAUCCCCUCCCUAGUUUUCCACUCAGAUGUCCCCUCCCCUCUUUCUACCUCCCUCAUGACCUUUUUACCCUCCCUUCCCCCUUCCUAUCCCUCCCCUUCUGCUCUAAUAUGUGCCUAAGCCUAUCACCACAACAGCCGUGUCUGUGACGUGCUCUGCGACUUUCAGCCUUAAAGAACGACGGCCUAUGCUUCCUUAUAUAUCUUUUUAUACGAAGAAGAAUGUCCUUUUAUCUGUCUCAAGGAUUUAUAGAAUAUCCUUGUUUUUAAGAGAGAAGUACGCUAGUGUAGACACACGAAAACAGUGGCUGAACUGAUUAGUCGUUUGGUCAAAAAAGGAGAAAAAAAAAACACACACAAAAAAAGUAAAAAAUCUGCCGAUUUUCACUGGUUUGCGAGUAAACUAGGACAGCCAGUUAGAAACGAGAGCACACACCGCACUCAUGAAUCAUUCCUGCACCAUGAACAUUGCAACCGUUUUUUGGCGAUUUUGAGCUUAAUUGCGCGAUGAUCUAAGGCUGAGAGUCGCUGACCACAAACCACAGUGGACAACCAGUAUAAAGGAACCGUAUUAUAUACAUUGGUGUUUCAAUCCAAAUAAACAAUGUGCCGAUAAUAGUGAUAUGUUAUAAUUAAUAUCAAAUAUAUUAUGUGUUCAUUAAU